UAUCCCGAACUUAAUCCGAUGAUAAUGCGUCGUUUCAGUGAACCUGGCGAUGUUGAACGUGCCUUCGAACUAGUCCACAAAUCGCACGGACUCGAACAGACGCGCUUCUUGGCCAAGAAGCACUGCAUCGAAGCGAUACGAUUGGCGCAGGAGCUGACCGAGUCGCCAUACCAGAAGGGUCUGCAAGUGGUCGCGGAUUUAGUCAUUAAUCGUAUGAAAUAAUAGCUUAAGUUACGGGUGCAGGGGGCUGCUGGUGCAACACAUAAUAGUGCAACAUAACACAAGAACAAAAGCAAAACAAAAUACACAAAUCAAAAAAACUCUUGCAAAUGUUAAAUAAUUUAAAUAUACACACUUAUAUACAUUUUUAUAAAUAUACACACACAUAAUAUAUAAUUUGUAAUUAUAUAAACAUAAUUAUAAAACGAUAAACCAAGUCCAAAAUUAAUUAUGAAUAGAUUUUAUAUGCAAAUGUGCAGAAAUGAAAAAAAUUAAAUUAAAAAAAAAGCAAAAAAGGUAAAAAACUGUAAAAUACACAAAUUAAGUAAAUAAUAAAUAUUGUUGUCAAAGCACAGAAGCGCGAAAAAAUGAAAAAAUAAAAAUAAAAUAAACUGUAAGCGUGUUAUAUAAGAUAACUGUGUAUAUUGCAGUGAUAACUGCAGACCAAACUACAGUUAACAACCAAGCGUAGCAAAAACUAUGCGUUUACUGUUUUUUGUUUUGCUUAUCUUGUGUAAAGCAUAUAUAUAGUUUAAACAUACAGAAAUAUUAUUUUAAUAAUUUUAUGCAUUAGUAUGUAAGUCUUGUUGACAUUGUAAAUAAUUUAUGGUAAUGUAAAGAGGAGAU